AUGGAAUAAAAGAAUCCUUAUUUUAUAGAUUAUUAAUCAGAAAUUGAUAAAAUUGUGGAAACUAUUAAAUAAUCUAACAAACCAAUUAGAUAUCAAAUUAUGAAUGCUACAAAAAGCAACUUAGAAUUGGCAAUAAAAUUACAUCCAGUUAUAAUACAUGUGAUCUCUCAUGGAGAUUAUGAUGAAAAAUCAGCCUGCUUGUAUUUAGAAUUUCAGGAUGAUGGCAUAUCUACAAAAUUUUAAACUCAUGAAAUUCAAAAUAUGAUUUAAAACCAUAAAGCUAUGACAAGAAUCAAACUUAUUUGUAUAAGUUCAGUGGUUGCUAAAAAUGUUGCUGAUUAUAUACCGAAAUCAAUCUCAUCUGUGGUAUUCCAAAAAUUUUAUAAUAAAGAGGAUGAAGAAGGACCUGCCUUCUGGGGGAUGUUUUAUGAAAAAAUAUUUUCUGAUUUUACAAUUUAAAAGUCGUUUAACGAAGCUAAAUAAAAGCUUGGGAGUAAAUUUUGGGAAAAUAAAAAUAAUAGGUUUAUAUGUUGUUGCUUCCACAAGCACAAUGAAAAAUGUCCUUAUGAUCCAGCUUCUAUUGGAUAUGAAGGCUCACAUAAUUAGCAUCUUUCAUGUGCUUAAUAAAAGUGGAGCCAUAUCUUGGAAAAACAUGCAUAGGUUCAUUAAAAACAAUGUGGUUUAAAUUGUUUAGGAAUGAUGACUCAUAAAUGUAGUUAAUUAGAAUUUGAUGAUUGGGGAUGUCAAAAUUAUUCAAGUCGAAUUGAAAAUAUACUUAAGAAAUUGUAAAUUUCUUAUUAAGAUGAUUUUCGUUAAAACCUGCUAUUUAAAAAUGAACUUAAUUGUUGUUGUUGUGAUUAGCUAAGUGGAAUAUUAUCAAUAGUUGAUUCCAGUAAUAUCAUUUAUGAAAACGCGUAGCAUACAUUCGAAUAAAAAAUUCAACUCCAUCUUUAUGAUCAAAAUGAAAAUAAUUUAAAUUUUACCGAAAAAAUCGAAAAUAAUGAAGAAUUAUUCACAGAAAUUAAUUAUAUCAAAAUUGAUAAAUAAAUUAUUUUAGUCCAUUCCUUUGAUUGGUAAAAUAGUGAUUUGUAACAAUAUACCAUAAAUGCUAUAACUUCCUACUUUGAGAUUUAUUUAAAAUAAAUUUCUAAUAAGAAAUAGAUCAAAAGGCUUUCAAUCAAUUUAAAGGAUUACAACAUAAAUAAUUGGAUAGAAUAUGUAGCAAGUCAAUUAAAUUUGCACUAUUCUAGCCCAUAAGACUUUUUCAUCAAAUUUAAAGAAUACUUCAUCAAUCUUCAGAAUUAACCUCAAUACCUUUACAUAUUCCUUAUUGAAAACAUUGUCAAUAUAUAUGACACUGAUUAAUUUAAAAAGUUUUAUGAAGAAAUUCAAAAUGCAAUUGAGACUCAUUUCAUACUUAUUUUUACAGUAAAUAACAUCGAAAAGAAUUAUUUAAAGUUGCUUACAUAAGAUAAAUUGGUCUAAUUGAUUGAUUUAAAGUAGAUCAAUAGUUUAAUUGAUGCAGAAAUAGCCUAAGAAUGA